AUGCGCACCGCAACAGCCCGCGCCUCCGUCCUUUAUGGACUAACCAUCUUCGCGGCGGAUCUGUGCGCCGCCGCCCAUGCCUGGCCGGAUAUUCGCGCUGCUGUCCGCGUGUUUGACCAAGUCCUCCUCGGGCUUCCCUUCAAGCGCCUGAGUCCCGCGCACGCCUCCCUCGCCGACUUGCCGAGCGAGCUCGUCGAGCUUUGCAGGCGCUACACCUUCGCUCAGGCCAUCUGUCUCUCGCGAGACCUGAAGGAGUAUUGGACGGACGACCUCGGUGACGAUGGAAACCAGGCGACACGCCAACUCUUGAGCGCUUACAAGCUCGAGAUGCGAGGCCAGCCGUUGAAUCCGUCAAUCCAGCAUACCAACCUUGAACUCGGCGUGGUCGCGCUCGCCAUCCCGGCACAGGUCCACACGAUGUGUUACCGUUACGGCGAGUGCACGUCUGAGAAUCUCUGGGACCGCGACGAGACCGGCGAAUUGUAUUGGAACGAGCAAGACCUGUACGAGAUCGCCUUCAACCUUCCUCAAAGCGCGGCACGUCGCUUCAAGGGUUUCCUCGUCGACUUUGACAUCCCUGUCGUCAAGGUGAGGCACAGAAAAGUCGGAUACACCUACGUGACCGACGCCAGCACGAACGGCGACGUCCAAGGACCGCCUCGCUUCGUCCCGCCCAACCUUGCAAUCUUCGACUGGGCGAGAGGCAUGCAGUUCUCUCGCCCGAGCGACGCCCAGCCGAGCUGGCAACUCUACACCAACGCCCUGAGCUGCGACUAG